CAUUACCCGUUCCAACCAAUAACCAAUAACCAAUAACCAAUCCAUAUUCCAUAUUCAUAUUCUUUUCUUCUCCAUUCUUCUGUGUUUUCUUUCCUACCACUCCAACUCCAAGACCCUUUCAAACUCCACCACGAAAACAUCACAAUCUUAACUAACUACCUCAUUUAUUCAUUCAUUCAUUCAUUUUUCUCAUUCCAACCACUUCAACCACCAUGUCCCUCUUUCUCUUUCUCCUUCUCCUUCUCCUCUUCAUCCCCAUCUCUCUCUCCCAAGCGCCCCCCAGAGGCCUACUCAUAAACUGCGGGGCCCAAUCAGAGGCCCAAUUCGAUGACCGAACAUGGCUCCCCGAUUGGAGCUUCGUCUCUUCGGGCUCGCCCAAAACCCUCACCUCUCCCGUUCGCGUCCCCACUCUGCAAACCCUUCGCUCCUUUCCUCGCCAAGUCAAGAAGCACUGCUACAAUGUUCCCACGUACCGCGGCGCAAAGUACUUGGUGCGUACCACCUACUUCUACGGAGGAGUCAACGGCGUCGAUCACCCUUCGCCACCCGUCUUUGACCAGAUCCUCGAUGGGACCCUCUGGAGCGUGGUCAACACCACUGGAGAUUACGCCAACGGAAACUCCACCUUCUACGAAGGAGUUUUCAUGGCCCAGGGGAAGAUCAUGAACCUCUGCAUCGGUUCCAAUACUUACACAGAUUCUGACCCGUUUAUCUCUUCUUUGGAAUUCUUGAUUCUCGAGGAUUCUCUCUACAAUACCACGGACUUCAAUAGCUUUGGCCUUGCAUUGUUUGCGCGUCACAGUUUUGGAAACUCCGGAUCACCCAUUCGGUAUCCUGAUGAUCAGUUUGACCGUAUAUGGGUGCCUUUUGAGCAGAGUAGUUCUGCCAUAGCAAGCACUGACAAUGUUUCUGUUUAUGGUUUUUGGAAUCUUCCACCUGCAAAAAUAUUCGAGACGCACGUAGGAUCUGAACAAUUGGAGUCCUUGGAACUGAGAUGGCCUACAGCGCUACUUCCAAGCUCUAAAUACUACAUCGCACUAUACUUUGCUGACAACACUGUUGGAUCAAGAGUUUUUAACAUAAGCGUAAAUGGUAUUACUUAUUACCAUAAUUUGAUUGUGAUCCCAUCAGGCAGUGUUGUAUUUGCCAGCCAGUGGCCUCUUUCUGGUCCUACUACAAUAACUUUGACCCCUGAUGCAAGUUCAACUCGGGGCCCCUUAAUCAAUGCUGGUGAAGUUUUUUAUCUACUGCCACUUAAAGGAAGAACUUCAACUCGAGAUGUUAUUGCGUUGGAAAAAGUAAAACAGAGCCUUCGAAAUCCACCCCCGGAUUGGAAUGGUGAUCCUUGUAUGCCUCAGCAGUACUCAUGGAUUGGCAUCACAUGUUCUGAAGGACCACGUAUCCGUGUAGUGACUUUAAACUUGACAGGUAUGGAUCUUUCUGGAUCUUUAUCGCCCUCUGUUGCCAAUAUGACAGCCCUGACUAACAUCUGGCUUGGGAAUAACAGUUUAACGGGGCAAAUUCCUGACCUCAGUUCACUAAAGAUGUUAGAAACACUGCACUUGGAAGACAAUCAAUUCAGUGGAGAAAUUCCCUCAUCCUUAGGGAACAUCAGCAGCUUGCAAGAAGUAUUUUUACAGAACAACAAUUUGACUGGUCCAAUUCCAGCAAAUCUCAUUAGAAAACCAGGACUGGAUGUCAGAACUUCUGGAAAUAAUUUCUUAUCCCCCCCGGCAUCUUGAGUGAUUUUAUUUCCUUCCAAUGUAAAGAUGAAGACUAUUCUGUUUUUUCAAGAAAUUUUUAUUCUUUUACAUCUUAAGAAGAGUAUUCUGAUUCUAUGGUGGAAGUUCUUCUUUGUCAACUCAUCAACCGAAGAUCAAACUUCAUCUCAGCCUUCCCUUGCUGGAAGACAUACGGGUUUCUUGUAUUAACUUGGAGUGUACUUUCAGAUUGGUCAGUCGUUUGACUCAGUUCCUUUCAAAAUGGAUCUUAUUUGAAAUUGUAUCAUACAAAUCCUUGUAUAGUAAUUAUUCAUUAGUUUAUUGAAAAUUUUGGUUUGUUUUUU